AUGUCGUCCCAAUCGGCUCUUCUCAUCGGAGGCAUCACACAUGCGCGCAAAGAGUGGGAGAGCCUCUCGUCCAUUCUAAAUCUCAAGGAAUUCCCCAGCGGCACCCGUGAAGAAUUCAUUGCAAACUGCAAGGCAGGCCAGUACGACGACGUAGUCGCAAUCUACCGCUCCAAUACCUCUAAUCAGUACACCGGUCCCUUCAACGCCGAAUUGAUCGCAGUGCUGCCGCAGUCAGUCAAGUACAUCUGCCACAACGGAGCGGGCUAUGAUAACAUCGAUGUUUCCGCUUGCUCGCAAAAUAACAUUGCCGUUUCAAGCACUCCAGUUGCGGUGAACAAUGCCACCGCCGACGUGGGUAUUUUCUUGAUGAUCGGUGCUCUGCGCCAGGCCUACGUGCCCCAGGCUGCUCUUCGGGCAGGAAAGUGGCACGGUGAGACGACUCUGGGUCAUGACCCCAAGGGCAAGGUGCUCGGUAUUCUCGGUAUGGGUGGUAUCGGACGGGAAAUGGCUACUCGUGCCAGGGGGUUCGGCAUGAAGAUUCAAUACCACAACCGCUCGCGCCUGUCGCCAGAACUGGAGGAUGGCGCGACCUACGUCUCGUUCGACGAACUUCUGGCCAACGCGGAUGUUUUGAGCUUGAAUCUUGCUCUGAAUGCUUCCACCCGGCACAUCAUCGGCGCCACCGAAUUUAGCAAGAUGAAGGAUGGUGUUGUUAUUGUCAACACCGCACGUGGGGCUCUAAUCAAUGAGAAGGCGCUGGUAGCAGCGAUCGAUUCCGGCAAGGUCCGCUCCGCUGGUCUGGAUGUCUAUGAGAACGAGCCGGCAAUCGAGCCAGGCCUGAUCAACAACCCCCGAGUGAUGUUGUUGCCACAUAUCGGCACCAUGACCUACGAGACGCAGAAGGAGAUGGAAAUUCUGGUGCUGGAUAACCUGAAACUGGCUGUCGAGAAGGGAGAGCUGAUUACCCAAGGCCAGCGCGCCAAGAGCGAAAAAAACCGCACCAACCUUGGUGUUCAAGUGUUAGCGGCCGAAGACGAAAAGCGACAACAUCAACCCGACACCGAGGACCAUCGACUUCCCCUCGCCAACUCCUUCAAGAUGGUCCGUUACGCCGCCCAGGAGAUCCCUAACGACAAGAGCGCCCGCUCGCGGGGCUCUUACCUCCGUGUCAGCUUCAAGAACACCCGUGAGACCGCUCAGGCCAUCAACGGCAUGAAGCUCGACAAGGCCCUCACCUACCUCGAGAACGUCACCAAGAAGUCCAUGGCCAUCCCCAUGCGCCGCUAUGCUGGCUCCACUGGUCGCACUGCUCAGGGCAAGCAGUUCGGUGUCUCCAAGGCCCGCUGGCCCGUCAAGUCCGCCGAGUACCUCAUCGACCUUCUGAAGAACGCCGAGGCCAACGCCGACACCAAGGGACUCGACACCGGUGCUCUGGUUGUCAAGCGCAUCCAGGUUAACCAGGCUCCCAAGGGCCGCCGUCGCACUUACCGUGCCCACGGUCGUAUCAACCCCUACAUGACCAACCCCUGCCACAUCGAGCUGAUCCUCACCGAGGCCAAUGAGGAGGUCGCCAAGGCCGCCCCCAAGGAGGUCGCUACCCGCCUGUCUUCCCGUCAGCGUGGCUCUCAGAUCCGCCGUGCCCUGAUUGAGGCUUAA